GUAGAACCGGACUUGUGUAGAAAAACAUUUCAUUUCUGAACCUCAACCAUCUCCUUCACCAUGGCUGAAUGGGUUCGAGUGCUGUUUGCGUUGAUCUUCUGUUUCCACACUACAAACGCUGAGAUUCAAUUGACCCAGGAUCCUACUUCUGUCUCUACUUCUCCGGGAAAAACCGUCAAGAUAACCUGUACCCUAUCAGGAGACAGCAUGAGCAAUUAUUACACGAGCUGGUACUGGCAAAAACCUGGCAGCGCCCCCGUCCUUGUGUGGUAUGAAACCUCCAGAGCCUCUGGAAUUCCAGAUCGAUUCACCGGUACCGUGGACGAACCGAGCAACAAGAUGCAUUUAACCAUCAGCAACGUGCGAGCUGAGGACGCCGCAGAUUAUUACUGUUACGUGGCGAAAAUCUUCGGGAAAGGAACCAAACUGAAUCUGAGCAGUCCACAGCCUCCUGUCGUGUCCGUCCUCCGACCUCCAGCAGAAGAAAUCACAGCCAAGGGCACCGCCACCCUGGUGUGCUUGGUGAGCGGGUUUAAUCCGGGCGCCGUGGACAUUGAGUGGACGGUGGACGGCAGUACGAGAAAGAAUGGGGUUGACACCAGUCGGGUCCAGCAGGACGCUGACAACACGUUCAGUGCGAGCAGUUACUUGACCCUGCCAGCCUCAGACUGGAACUCACACGAGCUUUACUCCUGUGUGGUUAAACACGAGACUCAGGCAAACCCGCUGAAGGCAAACAUCGCAAGAUCCGGAUGUAUUUGAGUCAAAAAUCUGAUGUAAUGAGUUGUUGUAUUUGCAAAUAAAUAUCAUG